AUGCCUACUCCCACAGUUGCCAAGGCUGUUUCAUUUUCUGCAGAGCAGAUCAGUCAGGUGUCAAUUGGUUCUUCUUUGUCAUCCAUAGCUUCCCAUGAAUCAAAAAUUCCCAAACCAGACAGUGAGGCUGGAUGUCCUAGCCAUGGUGGAUACAACUUGGAAAUAGCACUCAAGUGGGAUGCUGGCCACUUCAAGGUGUUCAAGGAGUGCAUUCAUGCUUCAAUCCAGAAACACUGCGACACUAGCAAGAGCAAGACAUAUCAAACCCCUUCUGCAAUAAUUGCAGUCCAGACAGAGGUCCUAUCUCACUUUUUGGAACUCAAUGAUUAUGAUGGCUGUUGGCCAAUUGGUGAUAUAAUUCAGAUGCAGCUGAAAAACACUGCUGUGAAGCAGCGACAAAAGACUACAGUACACAAAUAA